CGCAGACGGCUGGGUAUCGAGCUGUUGCUGCCUAUUCUACCAUCAAAGGGGGGAAAGACCUGUUCCCGAAUCCGCCCGGUUUCGGAAUCCGCCGCCACCCCUCCCAUCAGCCCUUUGCACAGCCGCAGUCGGUAGCCUAAUGAUGUUCGUUAAGACGGUACAGCGCCGCUGUCGCUGUUGCUCUUGAGACCCUCACAAAGAAACGGUCAUCGGCUUCGAAUUUCCCGUGCGGCUUGUUUCAGUGCUGCACCUGCCACUGGCUUUUACCAUAAUAUGGCAAUACAUCAAGGUCGUGAACACUUCUAAACAGACGCCUCACCUCCAAGAAUCAAGACGGGGGGCACCAUGAGUGAGGAGGCGCCAGUCACCCCUAGCUGGUUCGGGUCAGAGUCCACCUGGGCCAGCGGAGGGGGUGGUAUGGAGAAUGUCACCAUGGUGACGUUUCCUCCGGCGCCUGCCUUCCCACCUCGGUACCCACCUGAGCUGCUCAUGAACCCUUGGGACAUUGUGCUGUGUUCCUCGGGCACGCUGAUCGCCUGCGAGAACGCCCUGGUGGUUCUGGUGAUCUGGCAGAACCCGGCUCUCCGGGCCCCUAUGUUCCUGCUGAUUGGGAGCCUGGCACUGGCGGAUCUGCUGGCCGGACUGGGCCUGGUUUUGCACUUCACCUUCGCCUACCUGCUCCGGUCCGACUCGGCCCAGUUGCUCACCGUGGGCCUGGUGGUGGCCUCCUUCACUGCCUCGGUCUUCAGCUUGCUGGCCAUCACCAUCGACCGCUACCUGUCGCUCUACUACGCCCUGACCUACAACUCGGAGAGGACGGCGGCUUUCACCUACACCAUGCUGGUGCUCCUGUGGAGCGCGUCGGUGUGCCUGGGCCUGCUGCCGGUCACAGGGGUCAACUGCCUGGGCCAGGAGUCCACCUGCAGCGUGGUGCGGCCUCUGACCAAGAACAACGUGGUCGUCCUCUCCGUCUCAUUCCUCCUGCUGUUCGGACUCAUGCUGCAGCUGUACGUGCAGAUCUGCAAGAUUGUCAUGCGCCACGCUCACCAGAUCGCCCUGCAGCACCACUUCCUGGCGGCCUCGCCUCACUACGUCACCACGCGGAAGGGCGUCUCAACGCUUGCCCUCAUCCUGGGCACGUUCGCCGCGUGCUGGAUGCCGUUCACUGUCUACUCCCUCAUCGCCGACUACACCUAUCCGCCGCUGUACACCUAUGCCACCCUGGUGCCCGCCACUUACAACUCCGUCAUCAACCCCGUCAUCUACGCCUUCCGCAACCAGGAGAUCCAGAAGGCGCUGUGGCUGAUCUGCUGCGGGUGCAUCCCAGCCAGUGUGGCCCACCGGGCCCGCACCCCCAGCGACGUCUGAUGUCAGGCGCCUCUCUGGGUUGUGCUUCUGGGGUGGCUGAUGGAUGAUAGAGCAGCCCAGAGAGCUGGCUGCCAAACUUCUAAUCAGCAUCUGUCUCCCAGGGCGGUGGUGAAGACACACCUUCCUUACCCCUAUGGAAUGCAGGCAGGGAAAUGUCUGUGUAUGUGGCCUCGUAAUUGUCUUCCCCUUUGGUGUAAAAUCUGAGCACUGCCACGGGAUCCUUCUCUGUCCACUAUAUUUUACUUCUCCUGAAAACGAGGUGCCACGCCCUGUCUGGAAAAAGGGACGGGUUUUCUUGUGGUAGGCAGCUGUAUAUAAUGUGUAGAUAUUAAGUUAUCCUCACUGGCUUGUGUUGAUGUAUGCUCGUCUCCUAGGCUGCUAUUUGAAAAAAAAAGUCUGGCCACGCCAUGGAGAGCGCGUAUCGCUGAAGACAGGGGCCGACCAAAAGGCGGGCCUGUGCCGUGGAACCGAGGCUCGCGCAUCUCGUCUCGCUGCUGCACUCUGAACGUGUGCUGAAAGCUAAACGAUCGCUUGAUACUAAAAAUAGCCCAGGCGUCCUCCGCAGUUGCUGGAGAAAGCGAACUGGAGGAGAGAGGAAGAGGCGCCUUUGUCGCUUUCUUAACCUCUAACGUCUCCGAAUGUACGACAAUUCCUCUUAAAACGACCAUUCAGAGCUAACAACAAUCUCGAUAAGGAAAAUCCGCCGUGUAAAAUCCUUCAAUGCCUUUAUUUUACGAGAAGCCUAUGUGAAAUAAUGUCUGUCCACGUCCUUUCAUACACAACCACAAGAUAAAACAGGGACCUCUGUAGGUAUAAAUGAUAGGCUAGAGCUCGUUGCCAGUAGGCUAAGGUCUGUACUGUUCAACUGACUGUUGAAUGUGCUGAAGACGCAAAUUAUCCACCUUUGCGCGUAGUGCGGUUUGGUUGAAGGCUCGUUUAAAUGUAGGCUAGUGGCAGUUCUCUAGAGAUGAAUGUAUUUUUGUAGUUAAUGUUUUUCUCUGCAGUGAUCAUCAGAAUUUCAGAAUUAAACCGUAAUUUACACUUUAUUCAGUGGAGUGAUGACCAGUGGAUAUCCUUUGUAAAUCGGUGACAGUCAAAAAGGCAUUUUUUUCCACGGCUAGGCUUAAAAAAAAAAAAAAAAAAAAGUUAAAUGAUGCACGUGCAGGUCUACAUGCAAGUCUGAAAUAGGAGGGGUAGCUCGGGUACCCAGGUUGAGCCUUUAGCUAAAUUAUGUUCUGCGCAUGUUUGAAAACUGGAGUUUAUUAAAGAUUAACAGAACGUGAACACGUGAAUCAACGACCAAAAUAAAGCACCAAAUUAGGUAGGCCUACACUAAAACGCACGAUAAUCUUAGAAUAGCAUCAUCUCACGUGGCUGUCAGAUAAUCCGUGUGGUUGAAUCGCCUACAACAUGAGCAUCAAACUGAGCACAAUGCAAUCGCCAGGACAUGUCGAUUAAGGUCAGUUAGAAAGCUGUGGAAAUAUUAAGGGCAAAAAAUCUUCCCAUGUUUCUGAGAGGACUCACGUAACAUCGUUUCGGAGAGGUCGAAAUUAUAUGGAGUCAUUCCUCCAUCACUUGCCUCCGACAAAUGACCGCUGAAAUUGAUACAGUCCUAUAACUGCUUCCCCCUGCCUUUCCGUUGCAGUACCACAAUGAGCUAAUUCUGGCCUCGGCCACCACAGCAUUCAACUGCUACACCUCUCACCCCAGACCGCCCCGGCUCCAUUUAACCGGACUCCAUCAGCCAGCAAUAACUUCGUGCUUACUCUUUCACCGAUUUAUAGCAAUACUUCAACCGAUUUAGCAGCAAUAAAAAAACCUUGCACCAGUAACAUAAUCACAGCAUUCAGCUAUCAGCUGAAUCACAGCUAUCACUAAACCUGCCAUAAAACGGAGUGACUACGGAGAAAAUAACCUGACUGACCAUAAGACCUUAUCUGACCAAUCUGAAACAUAACCACAACAUUGGUUGUGUUCAUAAUGUGACAGAUUUCCUUCCCUCUUAACCUGUACUACUCAGAUGUCACUGCCUCAUGUACGUAACCUUGAGAUUCUGUCCUGAUGGGCCGUAUGUUCCCUGAAUGUCAUUUCCCGUAUUUAGCUAUGAAUGAAUCUAUAACUAUACCCUCAAUGUGACAGUAGCCUAUUCAUCUGUUUGCAGUUAAACUUGCAUUGCUUUUUGUGGAUAUUUCGAAGUGUACAUGUAUUGUGACCUAAACUGUCUGGAUGUAUGUGACCUAAGGACAGUUAUUUGUGCAUUCGAGUUGCAUGGCUGUACGUGUGGAUGUCCGUGUAUGCGUGAGUGUGUGUGUGUAUGUGUGCAGCGUGUGUAUGCAUGUGUGUGUGUGCUUC